ACCACUAUACAUAAAACAUAAGUAUUACUUCAUCUCAUUUUAAAUUAAAACCCGUAUUAUAAGUGAUCGAUAAAAAUGUCUCCAAAGCCAGCCACAAAUCCGUUUACAAUCUCCCUCUUCGUUGCUCUCAGCUUCUUCUUUUAUGUAACAUCAUCCACUGUGACUAAUCCCAACUGCUCGGAAUUCAAUUCCGUCUCUGAUUUGUUACAAGAAUAUGAUUUGCCAACGGGGCUUUUCCCAGAUUAUGUGAAAAGCUUCAGCUGCGAACGUAAUAAAUCAGAUAACUCGUACAACUUAUCGAUCCAAUUACACGGUAAUUGUAAAGUGACUAGAACCAUGUUUUUUGUGAAAAAUAUAGUAGAGUGUCAACCACAAAUAUCGGCAAUUGUAUCCAAACAUAAGCUAACAGAAGUUAAGGGAGUCACCGUGAGUCUCUAUGUUAACAAUGCCCAAGUUGGUGAGCUCAUGACAAUCACCGAUGUUCAAGUUGUCGGCAAAAAUGACGUUAAAUUUCUUCGAUUCGUUUCGGAAAAAGGUCCAAGUCCAUGGUUCCCAUACGUGGAUAUUGUUAAGGAACCUCCUAAAUGUGACCCAAGUUUUUACAUCCGCCCAUUGCUUCUUGCUACUUAAUAACCUAGCUAGCUAGCUAGCUAAGGUCCAAAUUCCAUUUCAUGAUCUUCGUAUGUCUAAUUUUGGUUCUAGUAUUUGGUAAUUGGAGCUUUAGAGUGAUCAAGGUUGGGAGCUACUUCAGUGAACAACAGCCUCAAUAAAAUGGAGCUCCACUAAGUGUGCACAUUUGAUGCCCUAGCCGCGAGAAAUAAAAUAUAUGGCAAAUCCGGUUAUAUGAACUUGUAUUGUUGGAAUAAAUAAUUAAAUUUGCAUAAUAUGUUGUGUAGCUAUAUAUACUGUUUUAUGUAAUAAACGUCUUAUAUUAUGUGUUAAAACAAAUUAAGUAUUGUUGGGAUAAUUCUAUAUUGAUCGUCUUUUAAAAC